AUGAAUGGGGAUGUGGAAUUAUUGGAUCAAGACAUAGAACGUAGGAAAUCAACCUGCAUGGACGUAAUAUCUGUGUUUCCAAGCCAGAGGAAAAACUCAAACGCUGUACUAUUGCUGAAGCCUCUAAUCAUGCCUAUGCAACUUGAUGUUAUCUUCGUGAGAUUCUUGACAACAACAUCGAAAAUGAUUAGAUGUGCGCCAGGCAUCGUAUUGCUACGACUGCAUCUUAUAGUGGUAAAUGAGCAUUCAAAAAUUUUCCGUUAUGGCUUAACAAGUUGGACCAAGAUGAAGCGUGCAGCGGCCACAAUUUUAAAAUUUAUAAAGCGCAUUUUGAAGUCACGCUAUAGGGAAGAGAAUUUACAGAACAAAGGAUUAACUCAGUAUACGGAGUUAUAUUAUAUUUCGGAAGGUGAACACAGCAAUGCGAAAUACCUUGAGUUAGCCGAAAACGUCUUAAUUAGAGACCAUUAUCGCACUAUGACAGAAAAACAGCUCCACUGCUACAAGCAUUUGAACCUCAAAUUGAGAAACCACAUACCCCGUUGUAGAGGACGCCUUGAAAAUUCUAACCUGGGAUUUGAAACCACCCAUCUCGUCCUUUUACCUAAUCAUAUAAUGACUCGACUAAUAAUAAGGGAUACCCACCAAAAAAUCGGACAUCAAGGGGUAAACGCUGCUCUUUCGGAGAUACAAAGAUACUUGAGGGUACCACAAGGAAGAGUACGCAUAUUGCGCCCUUUCGUACAUGUCGGAAUAGAUUACACAGGUCCGUUUACGGUCAACGUAUCGGAGACACUGCACAAAAAGCGGCGGAUAUUUCUAAUUACUUGUAUGAGCACACGCGCGAUUCAUCUCAACAUCGUACAAGGCUUAACGACAGUUGAGCUCAUUCGCGCUUUACGCCGUUUCAUAUCGCAUCGCGGUUCACCAAAAACCAUAACUUCGGAUAAUGCCACUACAUUUGAACUAGGUAGUGCAAUCGUUGAAACACUUUCAGAAAUAACGGAACCAGUAGAUGACAUAAACAAUGGCCUUGUAAAUCGCGGGAUACAGAGGAAUUUAAUUACCCCACUGUCACCUUGGAAGAUCAAAUCAUGUUUGCGCGAAAAUGUAAAUCGAAAAUUCACAUCAGACGACGGGUCCCUAACUGUAGCAACAGAAUAUGAGGCUAUCGUUAAUAGUCGGCCUUUAACCUACGUUUCAUCAGACAUUAAAGAUGCCAUGCCUAUACGAUCGGUUGCUUUUCUUCACCCUCACGCAAACAUUACUCCGUGGAGAUUUGAACCUGACUACGAUCCAGAAUACAGCGGAACGAGCAUAGAUGUAGAAAAAUUUUCAGAAGAAACAAAAGAUUCACUCGCACAAUUCUGGAACAUGUGGUCCCAGAAGGAUACUAGUUCACGUUUCCAAUGGAACCUCGGAAUAACAGUAGCUUUACACCCGGGAGCUGACAACGUGCUACGUACAGUAAGUCUUCGCAAAUCGUACAAGAUCACUACGAAAAGAUCGGUAAAUCAACUCAUUCCACUUGAAAUAUCGGUUUCAGAUGAAUUCGUACAAUAA